GUCUCAUUGCCGUCCCUCCCUCUCUCUCUCUCUCUCUUUCGGUCUUCUUCUUCGAAGCACAGCACAAGUCGACAGACGAGGCGGGAACCCACACACUCUCUCUCUCAUCGGGCCGUCCUCAAUCUCUCUCCCUCUCCCUCUCUCUCUCUCUCUCUCUCUCUCUCUUUCUCUCUCUUUCUGUGAAUCGCCACUGAUGAUCUGGCCUCCGUGCACUCUCGUCUGAAGCUAUGUAUCUGACCUCCUCCUACCAACUGUAAUGUAAUAAGCUGAGGCAGUAUCAGUAAUGGCUCCUGUAUCUAGCUCCAGGACGACAAUGGCGACGGCGGCGUCCCAGCAGCAGCUGAGAACGAGUCAGGGUCACAACCUCCAUCCCGGUCGCUCCAAGGCUCCGACGUCCAAACGCUCCGUCACGCCCACCUCACGCCCCUCCUCCUUCACCAACGAUGGCGGCGACCAUGAUUCUGGUCGGGUUAGAGUUGCUGUCAGACUUCGACCGAGAAAUGCUGAGGAACUUCUUUCAGAUGCUGAUUUUGCUGACUGUGUUGAAUUGCAGCCAGAGUUGAAGCGGUUAAAGUUGAGAAAAAACAACUGGAGUUCUGAAUCUUAUAAAUUUGAUGAGGUCUUCACAGAAAAUGCCUCUCAAAGACGUGUAUACGAAGUUGUAGCAAAACCAGUUGUGGAGAGUGUGCUGAAUGGGUAUAACGGGACAGUUAUGGCCUAUGGUCAGACGGGUAGUGGCAAAACCUACACACUUGGAAGACUGGGGAAAGAUGAUGCAUCUGAGCGUGGAAUAAUGGUUAGAUCUCUAGAGGAUAUACUUGCGAACAUAUCCCACACUUCUGAUAGUGUGGAUGUGUCCUAUCUGCAGUUGUAUAUGGAAUCUCUGCAAGAUCUACUUGCCCCCGAGAAGGUGAACAUUUAUAUUGGUGAGGAUCCUAAAACUGGAGAUGUAACAGUGCCUGGUGCAACUGUAGUUAGAAUUCGUGACCUUGACCAUUUUCUAGAGCUGCUGCAAAUUGGAGAGGCAAAUCGCCAUGCAGCCAACACAAAGCUGAACACUGAAUCUUCUCGCAGUCAUGCCAUUCUCAUGGUCAAUGUUCGAAGAUCUGUCCAGGGAAGACAAGCAAAUGAGACUACUACGCUAGAGCAAGGCAAAACCAACUUACCUGGCACUGAUGUUGUUCCUCGAAUUCAGAAAAGCAAAUUGCUGAUUGUGGAUCUUGCUGGAUCUGAAAGAUUAGACAAAUCAGGCAGUGAGGGCCACCUGCUUGAAGAGGCGAAGUUCAUAAACCUUUCUCUGACUUCGCUUGGCAAGUGCAUAAAUGCUUUGGCUGAAAACAGUUCACAUAUUCCUACCAGAGACUCUAAGCUUACCAGAUUGCUCCGAGACUCAUUUGGAGGUUCAGCAAGGACUUCUCUUAUUGUAACAAUUGGACCAUCUUCGUGGAACCAUGCAGAGACCACCAGUACAAUUAUGUUUGGACAGAGGGCAAUGAAAAUUGUAAACAUGUUAAAACUUAAAGAAGAAUAUGAUUACGAAAGCUUAUGCCAUAAGCUUUACAAUCAAAUAGACUGCCUCACUGCAGAAAUCGACAGGCAAGAAAGGUUGAGAGAGAAUGAGAAACUCAUUUUGGAGAAACAGCUAAAGCAUCAGCAUGAUUCCUUUUCUGAAGGAGAAAAAAAUCUAAUCAAAAGGUCCGAGCUGUUAGAAAUGGAAAAUAAUCGUCUGGAAUCAGAGAUGAAAGAAAUAUUAAGCGAAUUGAAUCGCCAAAAGGAACAUAAUGAUCUUAUGCAUAACACAAUUUCACAGCUCCACGUUAACUUAAAUUAUAGCAAGGAGCAACAGGAUCAAGAAUCUUCUACCUAUCAGAAUGUUCUAGCAGAUACAACUCAGAUGUAUGAGAAGAAAAUAGCAGAGUUCAUCGAGCAGCUAGAAGAAGAGCGUGCUCGCGCUUUAGUUGCUGAGGAGCAAGUAGUUUCAUUGAAGAAACUAUCAACUGAUCAUCAAAUAUUACUUCAGCAACGUGCAAAGGAAUGUUCUUCUUAUCACAAGGAACUUGCUGAAACAACUGACAUGUAUGAGAAGAAAAUAGCAAAGUUAACUAAGCAACUAGCGGAUGAGCAUGCCCAAUAUGAAGGCAUCAAAGAGCAGCUGGAUUUGGCUAAGAGGCUCUUAAGUGAUCAACAAAGCUCUGAUCAGGGGGAAAAGGAGAUUGACAACCUCAGUGCUAAGUUACAAGAUAUCUGCAAACUAUAUGAUGACUGUAACAAUGAACUUCAUAUUCUGAAAGCAGACUACAAAGAUCUUCUAAAAGAGAAGGCAAAGUUACAAGAGGAACUUCACACUGUAUGGCAAAGACUUCAGGAUGAGGAGAGGCAGAGAAAGGUUGUCAAGAAUGAGCUGGCCAGACUUAAGAAGACCGUUCCAGAAAAUCAAAAUGACUACCAGGACAAGCGGUCAUACUUGAAGGAAAAUAUUAGUAAAGGAUCCUCAACACAUGUUAGCUCAAUGGAUCCCCAUAAGUCAAACCCUUUGCGGGAGACCCAAUCAAUUCAGAGGACCACAAUAGCGAAAAUAUGUGAAGAAGUUGGCCUUGAAAAGAUACUAGCAUUGUUAGCAUCUGAAGAUAUAGAUGUCCAAAUUCAUGCUGUCAAAGUGGUGGCUAAUCUUGCUGCUGAAGAUAUUCAUCAAGAGAAGAUUGUGGAGGAAGGAGGUCUGGAUGCGUUGCUUAUGCUGCUUCGAUCAUCUCAUAAUGCUACCGUUCUCCGUGUGGCCUCAGGUGCAAUCGCAAAUCUAGCAAUGAAUGAGCUGAGCCAGGACCUAAUAAUAAGCAAAGGAGGUGCCCAGCUAUUAGCAAACACUGCAUCGAAGACAGAUGACUUGCAGACUCUUCGAAUGGCGGCGGGUGCAAUUGCUAAUUUAUGUGGAAAUGAUAAACUCCUCUUCCUGCUGAAAGAGGAAGGAGCCAUUAAGGCACUCCUAGAAAUGGUUAGAAUGGGAAACAGUGAGGUCGUUGCGCAGGUUGCAAGGGGGAUUGCAAACUUUGCAAAAUGCGAAUCACGAGCUAUCGUCCAAGGGCAUAGAAAAGGACGUUCUCUUCUAGUAGAAGAUGGUGCGCUCUCAUGGUUGACUGACAGCUCAAGUAGUACUUCCGCUUCAAUUCGACGGCAUAUUGAGCUCGCCAUAUGCCAUUUAGCACAAAACAAGGACAAUGCCCAGGAUUUUGUAUCUAGCGGGGCGGCAAAAGAACUACGGAGGAUUUGCAAUGAGUCCAGCAGGGAAGACAUACGCAACCUUGCGAAGAAGGCUCUGAGACUGUUCCCAGAUGCAUCAAGCGAGAUACAUGCAGAUUUGCUGUAAGGAGUAUUACUAUUACAUGUACUAGUAUGUAGGGAUGCACCUAUUUUUUGGUUGGGUCAAGGUAGUUGUAAUGAUCACUCUCUGUAUAUAUAUUGGGAUGUGUAUUUAUUUAUAUAAAUGAAGUCUCUAUGCCUGUUUUUCUUA